AAAGGACAACCAAACAAAUAAAUCAUAAAACUAUUCAUUCUCUUCUAAAUCAAACAAAAUCCAGCUCACACUUCUAAACAACAAUCCAAUUUUUCAUUAUUCUCCAAUUUUCUUCUUAAAAUAGUUCGAAUGUGAUGAGGAGCCACAGAAAGCUUUUCCCAACAGAAACUACCACAAAUCAAACCUUAGAUUGUUAUGGCUUUUGUGACCCUUCAUGUCCUUCAAAUUGUUACACUAACACAAAUUACUAUUUCACACCACCACCACAAGAACACACAACACAAGUUAACCACUUUUCCUCCUACUUCAUAAUCCUCAUUUCAUUAUUCUCAUUGAUUUUCGUCAUCAUUGGUUUCUAUGUGAUCAAAAUGAAAUGCUAUAACGACAUGUGCGGUUUGAGAAUCAAUAACUCGGUUCGAGAGCGAACCGAUAACUCCCAAGAGUUUCUCAACGAAAACGAAGCAAAUCACGAUCACCCCGUGUGGCUGAUCGCUACCGCUGGUUUGCAACAGUCGAUAAUAAAUUCAAUUACAGUUUGCAAGUUUAGAAAAAAUGAAGGGUUAAUUGAAGGAACAGAGUGUUCUGUUUGUUUGAAUGAGUUUCAUGAAGAUGAAAUUUUAAGACUAUUGCCAAAGUGUAGUCAUGCUUUUCACAUUUCUUGUAUUGAUACAUGGUUGAGAUCUCAUACUAAUUGUCCUCUUUGUAGAGCUUCUAUUGUUUCCAACAAUGUAACUUCUGAAGUAACCAUGUCAAAUUUGGAGCAAGAAAAUAACAACUUGGGAAGAAAUCAAGAGACCCAGAUGGAGAAUCCAAGGAAUGAAGAUGUGUUAAGCAACAAUAUUGUAAUCAAUGUGGAAUUGGAAAACAGGGUGGAAACAACAGGGGAAUCAAGUGAUGAAUCAAAUUGCAAGGAACAAAUACUUAAUGAUCCAACGGUCAUAAAUGAUAUAUGUUAUGUUUCAAGUAAUUCUAGAUUUGGUGGUGGAGGUUGUGUUGGUAUGGAAAGUAGAAACCAUGAUCAAGUUAUUGAUCUUAUAGGGGAAUAUGAGAAAGAGGUGCACAAGGUUAAUCUUUGGAAGCUUGUUACUCAAACGAAUAGUAAAACAAUGCGUCCUUCCUCAAUUGAAGAGCGUUUGCAUGUAAGGCCUGUAGCUAUGAAAAGGUCACUCCCUUUGAAAGGAAGGAAAGGUUUUAAAAGAUGUUUGCAACCGCGAUCGGUGCCGCAACAUCAUUGUUUUUAAUGUCUCUUCAACUGUAAUACGAAAUCGAUUAAGGUUGCAUCAGUCAUAUUUGACAAUGACUCUUUACAAUUUCAAGAAUUAUGAUUUGAACUCCGGAAUAUGUAUAUGAGAGGUUUUAUAAAUCUAAACUCAAAUAAUACUUGUUUGUGGAAUGUUACGUAUAUAAGAGUUCAGUACAAAAAUAUGUGUUAAUAAUGUUGGAAGAACCAAUAUAUUUUUCUCCUAGAUACAUAUGUAAUAUAUAAGUCCCACUUUUAUUUUGCUA